UGGUUUCUUGCGUCACAGACACUUUACACUGAAGCUUGUGCCGGUGCAGAGAGAAAGAUAUAUUUCAUAUCUCUGCAUAUGAAGCAUCUGUUCCAUCAAGCAGUGACGCACGAUGUAGUUGAUCAGUGAACGUCAGUGCAUGAGACGUUCCUUACACUCAUAUAAUACUGUCAGAUAUUCUACAGCAGCCGUCAUGUGAGCUUUAACUUCAGUGAUUCACACACACACACUCAUUAGAUCAGCUCACACACACACACACACACACACACACACAAGGCCUGGAUGAUAGAGAGGAGGUGAAGGAAAAGCAAGAUGAGGAGAGGCCGGAGAAAAGGAGGCAGUCGGGACAAAGUGUUCGGAUGCGACCUGCUGGAGCACCUCAACUCCACCGGACAGGAGAUUCCUCUAGUGUUACGCAGCUGUGGUGAGUUCAUCGAGAAACAUGGGAUCGUCGACGGGAUCUACAGACUGUCUGGAGUGUCGUCCAACACACAGAAACUACGGGGUGAGUUCGACAGUGAAGGAUCUCCUGACCUGUAUAAGGACCUGUAUCUGCAGGACAUUCACUGCGUCAGCUCUCUCUGUAAGGCGUAUUUCAGAGAGCUGCCCAACCCUCUGCUCACAUACGAGCUGUACGACCGCUUCGCCGACGCAGUGGCGAUUCAGCUGGAGGACGAGCGGCUGGUGAAGAUUAAAGAGGUUCUGAAGGAUUUACCAGCUCUUCAUUACAGGACUCUGGAGUAUUUGAUGCGUCAUCUGGUCAAGAUGUCCACUUUCGCCUCUCAGACCAACAUGCACUCCAGAAACCUGGCCAUCGUCUGGGCCCCGAACCUCCUCAGAUCGAAGGACAUCGAGUCGACCGGUUUUAACGGCACCGCGGCGUUCAUGGAGGUUCGGGUUCAGUCCAUCGUGGUGGAGUUCAUUCUCACUCACGUGGCCGAGGUUUUCUCAGGAACCGGUCUGUCUGUGGAGCGCCGGAAGUCCCUGCCAUCUCCCUCAAUACUGUCCACUCAGGACGAUCAUUUCUUCAAGUCUUUACCGUUACACUGUCCAGGAAACCUCAGUCCAGGAGACGGACCUCCAGCCAUGCGGCCGUAUCAUGCUAUUAUUGACAGCACUGACAAGAGGAAGGGCUCCCUCAAAGGAAGGAAGUGGAAAUCCAUCUUUAAUUUAGGCGGGAGACUCCAAGAUCCGCGCAAGAAGAACAAAUACUGUCCUAAAGAUAAAGAGAAGACGGCUCUGAGGCCGGCGAAGAGCAUGGACUCUCUGAGCUCAGGUCCUUAUGCACUAGACGAUUCCAAACAUCAUCCUCCUCUGGUUCUGUCCACGGCGUCAGGCAGCUCAGAGGGCGUGGCUUCUGCCGGCGGGGGCGUGUCCAGUGGAUACGCGGUGACCUACAGGCGAACGGGCGGAGCUCAGGUCAGCAUGGUGAGUGGAGGGACUCCAGGAACUUAUAACCGUCUGGAGUCUGGGGGCGGAGCCGAGGGCGUGUUGCAGGGCGUGGCCAGAUCGCCCGGAAUGACCAGCAAAGCAGACCGGCGCGCCGGGAUACACAUAUCAGGGCCAUUUUCUGUAACCGUCCCGCUUCAUAUAACGUCUGGACUGGCUCUGGGUGUCCUGCACGGUGGCUGGAACGAGAAGGAACAAACUCUGCAAGGAGACGAAGCAGAAGAUGAGGACUUUAAGAGCACAGAAAUAGAGACGGAGUCCACAGAUGGGAAUCCACAGAGCAAAAAUGAUGAUGUUCAAGAGAGGGAAAGAGAAACUAAUAGUUAUGUGAAAAGUCAGGUGGAUUGUGGGAAGGAUAUGGCAGAGAUUACAAAAAAGGAGAAUGACAUGCCAGAAAAAGGAGAUGCAUCGAAUGCCAAAGAAGCAGAGAAAGAAAAUCUGAGUCAGAAUCAAGAGUCUAUGAAGGAAAAUGUAGAAGAUACACAACCACAAAACAAAGAGGAAACCACAGAAGAGGAUUACAUGGACAUGAGAGGAAACCUCCAUCAGGAACCCGUCAGUCCACACUUCUAUGAGGACAUGGAGUUUCCAGACCCGGAUCUGCCACUGGAUUUUCAGGAAGCAUUUGGGUUCCUGGAUUCGAUGGACAGCUGUGCUGCAAACCAGGUUGAGUUCUCAGUCGAGGCGCCUUGUUUUGAGGAGGAAUAUGAGGAUGAGGAGGAUGAAAACAAGGACAGUCUGUCGCAAAACUGCACUAAUGAGCAUCAAACACAGUCCUUCACACACAGGCCUCUUCCUGGAAAAUCACACAGCCUGCCGUAUAAGUGCCGCCCCUUCCUGCCGACCCCAUCAUUAUCCUCAGAUGACGAGUACAGCCCUGCUGAUGAUGAUGAGUCUGAUAAAGGUUCUGAAUAUGAGGACAUGUUUUGUCAGAGUCUACCAGCCUGUCGGGGUUUCCAGGGACUGUCUUGGUUGAGUCCACACACCACCGCUGGCUCGUCUACUAGCAACGAUGUAGAUCUUCACACUAGUAACCAAUCAAACGCACUUCCUCCAGAGAACAAUAAUGAUGCGCAAUCCAUCGACCAAUCAGAAGACGCGAUUCCUGCAGCUUCUGCAUCGACAGACAGACGUGAACCCGCUUUUGAGCCAUCGCUUUGUGAAGAACAUCUCAGUUCAGCUGUAUUAAAGACAGAUGAAGUGCGUAUGGAUGAAAAGAAGAACGACGAGAGAGAUUCAAAGGAUGUGGAGAAUGAUAAACACACACUGAUAGGAGAAGAUGAUCUAGAGAGUGAAGCCAGUGAAGAAGACACUUAUUUUGGACCGGACUCGAUUCCUUCUUCACCAGAACCCGACCAAACUGAGACCGACAGCACCAGCGUUCCUGAGCCCAUCCCAGCACUGUCUCCAGCUGAAGAUGCUCAGCAGGUGCUGGCUGCUGACAGUUGCCAUGGUAACAGUGAGGUAACCAUCACCGAUGAGCCCACGGAUGCAGACCGCGUCUCGCUGACUCCUCAAGACCAACCGCCAGAGGAACAAACACUGAUUAUAAACCAAACAAAGACCGAAGAGGGUCAAGCGGUGGAGGCUGAGAAGAGAGAGGAAACGGAAGUUAUAGUGGAGAUGGAAAAAUGCAGGGAAAAUGAAGGAGAAGAGUGUGAGAACAACAACAAAACAGAUGCAGGAGAAGGAAAGUGUGAAGAUGCUGAAGAAGAUGCAAAACCUGGAUCUGCGGAGGAAUGUAGUGAUGGGAACGGAGAACAAAAACAAGUGGACACACCUGAAAGAAAAGAGGAUUUCAAGGAAAAUAGUGGAGAUUGUGAGGAAAAUGCAAAUGAUGGACCUGAAGAAGGAGAGCAAGACAAAAACAAAGCUGAAAAACAAGAAGAUUUAGAGGAGAAUAGUGGAGAUUGUGAGGAAAAUGCAAAAGAUGGAUCUAAAGAAGAAGCCAAAAGACAAGAUUUAGAGAAAAACAGUGGAGAAUGUGAAGAAGGAGAUGAAGGACACGCAAAAGAAGGAGAACAAGAAGCUAAAAGACAAGAAGUUUUAACGGAGAAUAAUGGAGAAUCUGAGAAGGUAGAUGAGGAACAUACAAAAGAAGGAGAACAAGACAAAAACGAAGCUGAAAGACAAGAAGAUUUAGAGGAAAAUAGUGAAGAAAAUGCAAAUGAUGGACCUGAAAAAGAAGCUAAAAGACAAGAUUUAGAGAAAAACAGUGGAGAAUGUGAAGAAGGAGAUGAAGGACACGCAAAAGAAGGAGAACAAGAAGCUAAAAGACAAGAAGAUUUAGAGGAAAAUAGUGAAGAAUCCGAGAAGGUAGAUGAGGAACUUACAAAAGAAGGAGAACAAGACAAAAACGAAGCUGAAAAACAAGAAGAUUUAGAGGAAAAUAGUGAAGAAUGUGAGGAAAAUGCAAAAGCUGGAUCUAAAGAAGAAGCCAAAAGACAAGAUUUAGAGAAAAACAGUGGAGAAUGUCAAGGAGAUGAAGGACACGCAAAAGAAAGAGAACAAGAAGCUAAAAGACAAGAAGUUUUAACGGAGAAUAAUGGAGAAUCUGAGAAGGUAGAUGAGGAACAUACAAAAGAAGGAGAACAAGACAAAAACGAAGCUGAAAGACAAGAAGAUUUAGAGGAAAAUAGUGAAGAAAAUGCAAAUGAUGGACCUGAAAAAGAAGCUAAAAGACAAGAUUUAGAGAAAAACAGUGGAGAAUCUGAGAAGGUAGAUGAGGAACAUACAAAAGACCGAAACGAAGCUGAAAGACAAGAAGGUUUAGAGGAAAGCCGUGAAGGAAACUCUGAGGAGGACGUGAACGUAAAAACAGAAAGUUCUGUUGAGGGAGAUCUUUCUCCUGAAGGUGGAGAUGAUCCGGAGAAGUCCACACUCGUGCAGCGACCACACGAGAUGCAACACGAACAAACAGAAAGCAAAGAGGAGACGUCCGAUCCGAUCUCAGCGGCGCCUCGCAAACGCAAACCCGCGAAUCCCACCAAAGCGGUUCCUGCCGUCCCUCCCAAACCUCAGAACUCCAAACUCACGGCGUUCACGCUCAGAAAACAGCUUCAGCACAGACAACACGACGAUAAAGAGGCGCAGGCAACCGACCAAGAACAUGGAGCGGAAACUAAAACGCCACCGAGAGAAAGCGCGGGGAGCUGUAAAACACAGCCGAGAGGAAAAAUUGAAAUCUUUUGUUGA